GAGGGGCCCUAAACGAUAUCAUCAACCAAGAAAAAGCUCAUUGUGUUUGUUAUCUAUAUAAUUCCAAAGAGAAGCCACAUUGUAGGAAAACAACGCCAUGGGGAACAGCUUAGGAGGGAAAAAGAUUGCAAAGGUGAUGAAGAUAGAUGGAGAAGUGAUCAAGUUAAAGACUCCGGUGUACGCUGGUGAGGUAGUUAAGGACUACCCAGGUCAUGUCUUGUUGGAAUCGGAGGCGGUGAAGCAUUUUGGCAUUCGAGCAAAGCCCUUGGAAUCACAACAAGAGCUUAAGCCCAAAAGGCUCUACUUCUUGGUAGAAUUGCCUAAGGGUGCGGAAGAGAAAGUCCCUAGAAGGGUUCGGUCGGGGAUAAACAUGAGCGCCAAGGACAGGCUGGAGAGCCUAAUGCUGUCUAGGAGGUCGGUUUCGGAUCUUACCAUCAUGAAACCAGCUAGCAUUGUACACCAGGAGCCCAAAGAAGCAUCGGAGAGUGGAACAGUGAGGAUGAAGAUGAGGCUUCCAAAGGCCGAGGUCGAAAAGUUAAUGAGGGAAAGCAAAGAUGAAGCGGAGGCAGCUGAAAAGAUUAUGGAUCUUUGCAUAGCAAACAAGGGCGCUGGAGCCACUGCUGGUGGGGCAGUGCCCAAGAGGGAUGAGGCCCAUGAGGGCAUGUUGCUGCAGCAGCAACAAACGCAUUGGAAUGGUGGUCAUACAAGGCUUGGGGAGGGUCUCAAGGCCCGUGAGAAGCGAGUGGGUUUCUUGCCAAUUGCUGAGGGCGAGAUUCAAUUAGCUGUUGCUUAGGUGACCACUCCGAAAUAAAUUAAAGAGAAGCAGCAAGCAAGACAAGAUCCAUAAUUACAUGUUUUUACCUUUCUCUCUACGACUUCCUGUGGUUUCUCAGUAAUCAAACAGUGUUUCAUAUGGAAGGCGGAGUUUUGAGGUGCUGAGUAUUACAAGAGAGGUUUUGAUGAGAGAUUGUAAAGGGUAGACAAUGUUACUUUUUGGUGACUCUGGAAAGACUUCAAUGAUAUCUCUGUAUCUCUUGCUGCCUCUUUUUGCAUAAUAAAAAGUUAAAAACUGCAAUUCUGGA